AGAGAAAGAGAGAAAAAAAAAGGGAAAGCUAAAGAAUUUGGAAGAAACUAGAGAGCAAUGCCUUCAAAUUCUGGAGAUGAUAAUGUUCUUCAAGUUCUCAUCAAGAACUUCGAUGUCCUUGCUCUCCCAUUGGUUACACUCGUCUAUCCUUUAUAUGCAUCAGUGAAAGCAAUAGAGACAAGAUCAUUACCAGAAGAUGAACAAUGGCUCACUUACUGGGUUCUUUACGCACUCAUCUCUCUCUUUGAACUCACUUUCUCCAAACCUCUCGAGUGGUUUCCGAUAUGGCCAUACAUGAAGUUGUUUGGUAUAUGUUGGUUAGUGUUACCACAAUUUAAUGGAGCAGAACAUAUCUACAAACAUUUCAUAAGACCAUUCUAUAGAGAUCCUCAAAGAGCCACCACUAAAAUUUGGUAUGUUCCUCACAAGAAAUUCAAUUUCUUCCCUAAACGCGACGACGACGACAUUCUCACUGCUGCUGAAAAAUACAUGGAACAACAUGGUACUGAGGCGUUUGAGCGCAUGAUCGUUAGGAAGGAUAGUUAUGAAAGAGGAAGGAGUAGCAGAGGAACUAAUAAUUACAUGAUCUUUGAUGAUGAUUAUAGGUACUAAGUUUAUUACUAUACCAUGUUAUGGUCCGGUCUGUUCUUAAACCGGUUUAGCUACUUUCACUUCAUAAGCUUUGGUUAUGUGACUCUAUGGUUUUCAUAAUUUUCCAGGAUUAUGUAUAAGCUUUAUGUAAUAACAUGUUUUCGUAUUAAUAGAAUUCCAUGUUUAUU